GGGAGUGUCCUGGCCCGGGGUCCCCGGACAGGACUUGGGGGGGCGCCAUGGCCGAGUCCCAGCUGAGCUGCCUGGACGAGGCGCACGUGAACGAGAAGGUGACCGAGGCGCAGGCCGCCUUCUACUACUGCGAGCGGCGGCGGGCCGCGCUGGAGGCGCUGCUGGGUGGAGGCGAGCAGGCCUACCGCGAGUGGGUCAAGAAGGAGCGGCUGCGGGACUUCCUCUCCAGCCAGGAGCUCCAGGUCCUCCGUGCCACCUGGAGCCCCUACGAAGAGCCCGUCUCCAACGCCGGUGCCAAGACCAAGGCCAAGGCCAAGGCCCCGGCCGAGCGCAGCGAGUCCCUGGCCUACUGGCCAGACCUCUCGGACACCGAAGUGCCCCCGCUGGACCUGGGGUGGACCGACUCCAGCUUCUACCGCGGCGUGAGCCGCGUCACGCUCUUCACCCACCCACCCAAAGAAGAGAAGGCGCCGCACCUGAAGCAGGUGGUCAGACAAAUGAUUCAGCAGGCCCAGAAGGUCAUUGCUGUUGUCAUGGACGUUUUCACUGACGGGGAUAUAUUCCAAGACAUUGUAGAUGCGGCCUCUAAGCGCCGGGUCCCUGUGUACAUCAUCCUGGAUGAAGCAGGAGUGAAGUACUUUCUGGAAAUGUGUCAGGACCUGGAGCUUGCUGACUUCCGCAUUCGGAACAUCCGUGUCCGCUCUGUGACAGGGGUUGGCUUCUACAUGCCCAUGGGGAAGAUCAAGGGGACUCUCUCAUCAAGGUUCCUAAUGGUGGAUGGGGACAAAGUAGCAACUGGAUCUUACAGCUUCACCUGGAGCUCCUCCUAUGUGGACAGGAAUCUUCUUUUGCUCCUGACAGGGCAGAACGUGGAGCCCUUUGACGUAGAGUUCCGGGAGCUGUAUGCCAUCUCUGAGGAAGUGAACUUGUACCAGCACCUGGGUCUGGCAGGCAGGCUUGGCCUCAACUACUCCUCCACUGUAGCUCGCAAACUUAUCAACCCCAAGUAUGCCUUAGUGGCAAACAGCCGCGCUCCUCCAGGAGAGCUGAUGCGCUGGGCGGCCCGUCAGCAGCGGGAGGCUGAUGGCAACGCGGAGGGACAGGAGGGCAGUGGCGGUGGUGAGUCUGCCCGGCGUCUGGAGAGCUUUCUGAAUGAUCUGGUUACAGUAGAACAGAUAUUGCCCACAGUGGAGCCCAUUCCCUCGAGAUUGCUGAGACCAAAGGAUGGCAGGACGGUCUCUCAGAUGCACAUAGACCUGAGGCACAAAUCCCGAGAGGCGCUCCCCCAGAAUGGCAAGGGAGAAGUUGCAAAUGGAGAGGCCACCCCAGCCAAGGAGGGCAGACGCUUGAGCAGCAGGCUCUUCAGCCGACGAGUGAAGAGGCCUGCGGUGCUGGUCAACUCCACCUCCACUGAGACUUUUGCUGACAUGGAGUUUCCUCUGGGGAAGAGGCCCAAUGAGGGUUCCAGUGCCAACAUAUCAGGUAAAGCGAGUGACAGGAUCACCAAGUCCAGCAACUGUGUGAUCUCCUGAGCGGCAGGGUAGUGGUAGGUGGGACCUGCAGAUGCCCACCCAUCCUGUCCUCUGCUGAGGAGAGCAUGGCCUAUAUCCUGUACUGGUUCACACAUCAGAUGCUAACCAGGCCUCCUCCCUGCAGCCUCCAUCCCGGGUCUUAGUGCCUGAGUCCCAGAUGGCAGGAUCUGAAGCAUCUCAGCCGUCACCGUUUCCACAGACUGCCAUGGCCCGACAGGAGUACUGUUACCUUGUUUACAUGAAGUAGACGCCUGGCUAGUGUCUGCUCUCCUUUAUGCCAGCCUCUCCUCCACUGGGCCCGCCCUGCCCUACAGGUCCUCCGGUGGGAAGGGCCGUUCUUUCUGCCUUGGCAGGACAGGAUGGCCAAGGCAGCCCAGCCGCUUGACUUGCCCUAGGACUUCUGCUGCUGUCCAGAGGCUGGCGGGAAAAAGGGGAAGAAGACAGGACAUGGAGCCAGUCAUGCUCCAGCCUUGAAACUCCAGGUGGAAGAUGCAGCUGGAACGGCGGGGACAUUGGCUAUUGUGGCCUUAGGGACACCCAUUUCUGCUAGUCUCUGAGUGGAAUGGGAUGGGGAUGAGGAUACUUCGGCCUCCUUCCAGCCAGUGGCAGGAUCUGCCAGUGGUGGUGAAGAGUCCCCUUCCCUCCUGCAGUGUCCCAGCAAGCCUGGCCUCAGUGCCUGGGCUUCCCUGGCUGCUGCUGUGGAAAACUGGGGCCCCAUAGAGUGCCUUUCUCUAUGCCUGCUCCUUUCAGUAGGCUUUUGUUUACCGGGCCUGUGAAGGCUGGGAGUGGGCUGGACCCGGGAGACGAGAGCAUUUGUGUUUCCUCCCCGACGGUUCCUCCCUGAUCAUUUGCGUGGCCUUCUUCAUGCACUAGGGAUUCCUCAGUGAAAUUUCAGCCAAAGACUAGGCUUAGCCUCCUGGGAAAUGUCAGGCUGUUCUUAGACACCUCAGUUUCUCUAAAACAGGUAGGCCUAAUUGCCACAGUACUAGGUCAGGACAACUGUCCCACUGCCACCUCCCCACAGUGACCUGAUUGAGGGAGAGUAAACAUUGACACAGAAGAUAUUACUGAACUGUGGACAGAAUGACAGAGGGGCAAAGGGCCACACAGAAGCCUUUCCAGGCCUCCGAACCAAGCUCUUGCCCCCUUUUUUUCUGAAAAGGCCUUGGAUACUACUAGUACUGGGAGGGACACAGGCAUCUACAGAGGCAGCUGGUGAGAGGCAGGGAGGGAGGGGGUGCUGCGGGCUGCAGAAGUGGGGCGAUACAUGGUGGCCUGUGCCUGUGUCUGGCCUCCUGGCUGGUGGGGAAUAAGGGGAAAAUUAGGGAUGGCCUCAGUCCAGAGUCCCCUCUGUUCACCCUGAGGUUA